GCUCUGCUGCUGCUAGAGUUCCUCUGAGCCCGGAGUGUGACGUCAUUCUCCCAGAAUGCAUGGUUUCUAGCGCGGCGCCCAGCAGUCCAGGCCCGGUCUCUAAUAAAUAUAUUUAAAACUUGCUCCAAAAUGUCGAAAGCGAGGCGAAAUGGAGGCUGGAUGAAGAGCCGGACCGAGGCACGAUCGGUCUGCAGAGAUGUUGCGCGACCUCUGUGAUUCAGCUGCUGUGUUCAAGGCUGCUGAAUACUAAAACAGACUGGGCCAACACAACAGCUCUACUCAGGAAACAACAAUCCAGUCAGAGCUACCAAAGCUCCUCAUCACCGCAGCCCUUUUGGGGUUGCUAUGGCAGCUGCUGUCACAGAAACCAAGUGCUGGACACAGGCUUUCCUCAGCAGGGCAGGACAGACCACUAGUCAUUGCCGCAAGAAACCAUCAAACAGUCAACAAACAGCACUUAGCAUUAACUCUAACACUCCAAGUUAACAAAGCAACCAGAGGUUGGCAGGCUGAUGGUCAGCUGUGUGGAGAAUCCUCAUGAGUCUUGUCUGUGUCCGUUCAGGCUCAUGGCAAGAGUCCCUGUGCAGCAGCAGAGCCAGUACUGUUCCUAGACCAUGUUCCACCAGCAGGACCAUCUGAAGAGCCAUCUGCAGGAAAGCCACCUAGCCAGCAGGCAGCUCUUUCACUGCCAGGAGUGUGGGAAGCAGUACAACACGCAGCUGGGUUAUAGACGCCACCUGGUGGCAGCCCACAGUGCUGCAACAGGCCUUCCCUGUCCAGAGGGGGCACCGUCCCUCCCCGAGCACCUGGGCGGCCAUACAGACAGGCCUCCAUCCUCAGAGAGUAACACUAAUGCUGCUGUGCCAGUAAGAGAGAGGAAGUACUCAUGUGAGCGAUGUGACCGUCGGUUUUAUACUCGUAAAGAUGUACGACGUCAUGCUGUGGUGCACACUGGGCGCCGUGAUUUCCUCUGCCCACGUUGUGAACAGCGCUUUGGCCGCAGAGACCACCUGACCCGCCACUUGAAGAAGAGCCAUGCACAGGAGUCAGGGUUGAUGCCAUCAUGUACCCCAAGUACUCCUGUGGCUACACCCACCCCUGCCACCCAGUGUCCAUUGAAGGAGCCCAGCCCUGUUACCUCUGAGAUGGGCUCCAUCUCCAAGGAGCCCAUGGAGACUUUCCCCAGGGACAUGUACAACUCCUAUUCUAUGACCAAUCCUGUCCCCGGGAUGGGCCACCCUCAUGGCCUCAUGCAGGGUUCCUUAUCCUCAAGCAUGGGUGUGGGACGCCCCAUCCCCCCCCAGUCUUCACACUCCCACCUCCAUCACCUGCAGCCCCCUGCAGCUCCACAGCAGCAGCCCUACAGCAACAUGGCCAGGUACCAGCAUGGAUCUACCUCAUAUCCUCGUGCCGACGUGGACAGUUUCCUGCUGGACCUGCAGAGUGCCCCACCACCACACUUGAGUGCAGUCAACUCCUCUACCUCUAUUUCUGCCUCACCCCAGAGGGAGGUGCUGGGUGAAGGGGUGGCUUCUGGUGGCGACCCCCACCUGCUGUGCCGGAGUCCUGCUGUGUCUUCAGCCGAGUUGUCCUGUACCACCAACAUGGACCUCGGGCCCCUGCUGGGUUUCUUGCCUUUCAGCCUGCCGCCCUACAACCCUCACAUGGGGAUGGGAGGUUUAGUGAUGAGCUAUCCACCUGCCACCACAACCACUUCCUCUCCAUCCUCUUCUACUGGGCUGUCCUCACAGGCCCCAGGGCCUUUCUCCUUCUUCCAGGCUCCCCAGGCUCACGUACCCCAGGGCCCUGGAGCCCACAACCACAGCCAACUACCUCAGGCAUACAGUAGUCCUACUAUGAGCACUUCAAGCUCCCUACCUCACUACUACCAGGCCUUUCAGCAGUAAGCAGCUCUGUCCCCACAAAUGUUGCCUUUGUUGUGCUUAUGGAUUAUUCAUGAAAAGGGUAAAACAUGAGAUCAGCAUAUUUUUUUGUUAAACAAAUGUGUAACUUUCAUCUGUCAGUGCUUAUGAUGCUUAUAUUUGUAGUUUUUUUUGUUGAACACAACAAAUCACCUCGUCAGUAUUACCUCAUUAUUUAAAAGGAAGCUUGAACGUUUGAAGAAAUGUGAUGGUCUCACUACAACCAAAACGGAGAACCUCUCUUGGUCAGACCUACGGUAUUACCAACCAUCGGCACUUCACACACUUGUUACAGGUGCUGCACAGUGCUGAAUCAUUCAGUUUUAGAUUAUCAUAAAAAUAUUAAAUAUUUUACCCAGUUAAUGUUAAGAAAAUGUCCCAUCUUAUUGAAGCUAACUUUAGAUUUCAAAGUGUUUUAGAUUGGGUAUAGAUAGCCUUAUGUGGAGACAAAAAAUUGUGAUAGAAGUUCUCAUUUAAAGGAUAUUCCGGAGCAAUGUUUGCAUAUGAUUAUAAGAUAUGCAAAAACAACUUCCCAGCGAAUAAUUACAUCAUUACACCAAUCAUCUAAGUGCAUCAGCAGAUCAACCAUUAUUUCAAGUGGCAUAAGUUUAAUAUUUAAUUUAGAAUGAGGCCAUGUGUCUGUGAAUGCAGUCACUACGGUGGCAGUUAUCAGUAACUGUAAGGCAGGAGUGUGCUUCGUCUCACAUUGUGAUAUUCUAUAUUUAAGAAAUGUAACAGAGCAGCUCUUACAGCUGUAUUACACAUUUGAAGCCCUGAGGGGUGUUAUAAGAUGGAGUUAUCUGAGGUUAGGCCUGUCACGAUAAACCUUGUUGGAUGAUAUAUUGUCUCAGAAAUCUUUGCAGUAAUUGAUAUUAUUGUCAUUAUUUUGAGACCCUUUAUACCACUGCUGAAUGAUAAUAUAAUUGCAUAAUAAUGCAAGUACACCCUUUCAAAGAGAAGUGAACUUUUACUUAAGAAACUUCAGUCUGACAUCUGAAUUUAGAAUUAAAGACCCUAUAUUAAAAUACCCUUAAUAAAUAAAACAGAUUAAAAAAAACCAAAAUAAUAAAUAAAAUGGUCAAACAAAAAUUGCUCUUGAAUUAACAUUAAACAUUUGGCACAGGGUAUAUGUUACCAUCUUGCUAAACUGGAUGGGAGGAUUAUGAUAUAGAUCCUUUGUAUUGUUUUGAUUAGUAUUCUAGCGUUUCCUCUAGGAAUUUGUGCAUGCAUGUUUGUCUCCUUGCUCUGUUGCUCACACAAACUGACAGUCACAUUUGUUUAGAUAUUAAUCAGUGAUUAUCGUGACAGGCCUAUCUGAGGUCACAGCAGCAUAGUAACAAAAACUCUAAUGUGACAUAGAUACCCUAUCAUUUUUGCUAUAUGAUGUAGCAUCACUAGAUUGAAAUGCACUUAGCCUUCAUUUUCAACAGUGCAAAUUAUAGGUCAAAGCUGUCACUUAAGACAGAGAGCUGCUGCUCCACUGCUGUCUAGAUUUGUUUUAAAACCUUUUAAAGUUCUGACUGUUUUAGACUGAGCAUUUGACACCAUUAUAGGUACCAUUCAUGCAGACGUUUUACCUAGAGUAAAUGCUCCUGAACCCAAUACACUGUAUUAACUGACUAAUUUUGAAUAGCCCUGGUUUUGAGACUUUGACAGACUUCAGCAGGAAACCAGUGGGUUAACCAGUUUGAAAUCUCUGCCAGCUUUGUAAUUGCUGUGGCUUAAAUCCUCAUCUAUUUUGUUCCUCCUGUGAUGCCCUCUGCUUCUCUAGUUCCUCUCUGCUCAUGUGGGGCCUCAGAGAAAUAAUGUAGCUGAAAAGAUCCUUAAACGUCAGACCGCUCUAAAUAUGUUGAGUUAUUGACACACUGUGCCAACUAUGUCACUGGUCUCAGGGUUGCUGCCUUUCCCUUUUUAAUUAAUAAAUAAUUUUCCUACGAAUUUCAUCUCAUACAGCCCACACUCAUACAAUAUGUUAUAUGUUUAAAUUACUAUUGUUCUUGGCAGUAGGCAUUAGUAGAAACUUUGUAGGGUGAGAAAAAAGUGAGUCAAGAAUGUCAAGCUAGUGCAAAGUAAUAAAAAAUGAUGUAUCCAUGUUCCAGACCAAAGACACUAAGAAGAUACAUGUAAACAUCAGAGACGAGUAUUAAAGGAACACACAAGCAUCUGCCAUGCAUAUUUGAUCUCGUGCAACCUGGGAAUAAGUAAUUAUGGCUUCAGUUAGACAUCUCUUGAGCUAAAGUAGAAAAAUAUUUUCAUCUUUACAGCAGAUUUAAUAUAUGUCAGAAUAAUCACCUGUGUAGCAGAAGCCACAGCUCUAAUACUGCUGGAUCUCUUGAUCCAUGUGUAAGUGGACAUUUUGUCCUCACAAAUUGAAAUGGCUGUUUGGCGGUUAAGAGUUGGUUUUAAGGUUCAGGUUAUAAUCAGUUUUAGGUUAGGGUUAGGGCAUAUAUAAUGUCAAAACUGUCCUCACAAAGAUAGAGGUACAUGUGUAUGAGUGUUUGUGUCUGCAUCUGUUUGACACACUUUUACCAGUUCCUAUUGCAUGCGGUACAGAUGCAAAAGUCAAAGCAAACCAUUUCUCAAAUAUAAUAUAAGAGCUCAGCCCUGUAUCAUUAUAAGAAAGGUAAAAGCGCUAUAUGUGUAUCAGUGUGUCUGAGCCAGUGAUCAUCCCUAUCCCACAUUCCCACAGUGGAAGGAGGCAACCCUAGUGACAGGACAUAAGCUGGGGUAAUUGGAAGGGCAUUGUGUCAAUGUUCUCCCUGUUUUGUUCUUUUCAAAGUGUACCACUCAAUCUAAAUAGGUUGUAAUUUUGACUGGCGUGGUUUGAAUUUCUGACUUUAUUACAGAGAGCUGCAUAUAUUCUACAAAGGUCUUCCAGAGCACUUGUUUUCUUAGCUAUUCUGAUGUCACCAAACACCCAAGAUUGGUUUAUUGGAUUGUUCUGAUGUACUAAGGACUGAACGAUUAUCUUCCUGGCCUCAUCUUUGCUGUUAUGGGUUAGGAAAGCCAGAGAAACAUCAGUUAGGGAGCAGCUGGUCUCCUUUUAACAGAGUCCCACUGUAACAUGGUAACAUUGGAAACAGCAGCUUUCCAAUGGAUGCUCCACCCAUAAAAUAUGGUGUAGUGGAGAUGUAGGAGCCCCCCAGCCGGACAUUACGAGUGAUUGAUGUGAUAGCCGAAAGAAGAUAUUUUGGGAGAGAAAUAAUGGGAUGAUGCUCUAUAUCCUCUGCCUUAAUUCCACAAACUGUAUAUUGAAGGACCUCUACAAUUGUAACAAGCCUCAUUGUUGCACCAAUGUCUUAAAAUGCUACUGUUGUGCCUCUAAAAGAGUGUCUAAUCUCUUGAUUGGGUUUAAGCACUUACAACAUUUUUAAAAGAAUUCAUUUGAUCUGUACCUCAAACAUGCAGAACUGUUGGUUUCUGUUAUUUGUAUUUGCUUGUAGUUAUUUUUGGCUUUUGUGCCAUUAGAUCGAAACUAUAUAGUUAGAUUUUAUGAAUCUAAACUCUUAAUCUAGUGGCAGACAUUGACAUUAUAAUUCAGUCAAACUUUCUACCUCUACCUUUUCAUAUAUCUUUCUACAAAAUCAUUAGAAAUAGUUUUAACCUGUAACAGUUAGGCAGUGUUUACCACUGGUGAAGAUGAAGGGGGAUAUGUUCAAAAAUCAACUUUGAAGGACCGGACACACUUAAAUCUGAGUGUGUUCCAGAGUCAAACAUAGUUCUCUGUACUUGCCUUUAAUGCUAUUUCUACUUAUGUACUACCUCAGAGAAGAGACAGGUGACUGUCCAUCUAACUGCAGAGAAAAUGACUGUAUAGUAAUAUUUGUCAAAACAAGCACAUGUACUUGAUAGCUCAAUAGUUUUUACUGAGGGUAGCUCACAUCAGAAUGUUUAGCUCAACUAGUGCCACAUUGUGUCACAUCACAUUAUAUUUUUUGUGUUAUUAAGCUGUGUCUCUGCCUCUUCUGUCUGGAAUGUUUACCAUGUUAAAGAAUAGGGGCCUCAGUCUAACGGCAUUCCAAAGCUGCAUGUUGGGAUGUACACACAACAAUUUGGACUUGUGGAUACCAACUCAUAGCACUUCACCUGUAAGCAGUAUCCUCUUAUCACUUAGUGAUACAUUUUCUCAAAAACAAUGUGGAAAACUGUCUGUUUACUGCUUCUCCAGUGUUUGCUGCAUAAGUGCUUGAAACCCUUUGUUUUGUUUACUUAUCAAUCAGACAAAGGGGGCAGUUUGAACACAUCAGGGUGGGCUCAGGAAAUGAUUUGGGGACAUUUGUACUUAUUGUCCUGCAUUUUAUAGACUGAACAGUUAAUGAAGCACUUGCUAAAACAACCUUCAACCUCCCUCUCACCUGGUGGGGACCUUAGCAGGUAAUCACAAAUGCUGCAUCCUCUGGCUGUCAGUGGCACAGACAAGAUCAGCUUGGAUAGCUCCCCUUUUGUAGUAGAUCACACAGGACAUAUAUUUGACUUGGACCUUUAGUCAUUAAAAUGUUACAUUAUUGGAUUGGUUCAUUUGUGCUGUUGCUGUGUAGCUGAUGACAUGUUUGAAGAUGGGAGAGUGUGUUUGUACAGUUACACCAAGCACAAGGUCAAGCAUUCCAGCUGAAAGUGGAGAGAACAUAGCGCAGGGUUUCAUUUCACUAAACCAUCAUUCACUUCCAUCAUGUUGCCUGCUUUUAGGUUGGCUCUGAAAAUCACCAGAAUGCAGGUUACUUUAAUUUUAACUUUGACAAGUUUUACUUUAGGUGUUUGUAUUAUCACUUAAUAGACUAGAUUACAGCGAA